UUAACAACUACAUACAGCAGAAUACUUACCUACUUGUUUUAUUUUUAAAUUAAAUUAUUAAUAAUAGUAUGGUAUGCUAUGGAUAAUUAAUAAUAAUAAUGUUUUAGAUCAGUGUUUCUCAACUGGUGUUUCGCGGAACCUAAAGGUUCCAUCAGCCAGUGCCAAGGGUUCCGUGAGAUAUUUGGGAAAAUAUCUAUUUAUUAAUAAUAUUUUUGAUUUGAACUAUGAUUUGAACAUAGAAAAGCUCUAAAAAUUAUAUGUGGGUUCCACAAAAUGUUCAAGCUCCUGCAAAGGUUCCACAAGUAAAAAAAGUUGGGAAACACUGUUUUAGAUUAUAAGUACUAAUACAUAUUUCUGUUGAGUAUUAGCAAUCCAAAAAGUUUGCUGCCAUCAUUAGAGCCACAGCCAUGUUUGGGUUUGUAUUGAACGGUGGUACAUCAAACGAACUAGAGACUGUACAGUUAUCGUAACAAUAUUUGUAGAUGAAAUACAAGCAGAUAUGAUACAGGAUGUGGGAGCUAAAUAAUGAGAAAAAAAAAUCAAAUAAUCAAGACAUUUGAUAGAAUUUUCCAGGGCCUUGCAACAUAGCCUUUAUAGUAGCAGAUAUCAAGGCGUACUCGAGUUUCACAAUGAAUAUUCUACCGUCGUUCGAGAUCAAUUUCACGUACACGGAAUUUGGACCGAGGCAACUAUCAACCAUCUUCGACUCACAGCGAUUCUGAGAACAUACCGUUUACAAUACGUUUAUUAGUAGCGUAUUUGGACCUGAAUUUGGAGGGGGGUCGAUCCCCAUUUUUAUCUACCAUAGGCUAUUUUUAAUGACAUUCAAGGCCGUAUCUAAGGGAGGGAUCAAGUGGUCCGGACCCCCUCCCCCCAAAUUUUUAAAAGUAGAAAUAUUUUAUUGCUGAAUAUAGCUUACAUUCUAAAAAUUUUCAUCAUUAUAUUUAAAAAGAUGAAUUUUUUUUUCAGUUACGGCCUUGAUGACAUGUACACGUUAAAAUAGCAAUACAAUUAGUUUAGUUAGGUACCUGUUUUCCUUGUGCUGCGAUAAAGUCAACCAUAUUUGUCUUUCUUUUCUUCUGAAAUUAUCGUUUGAUUUAUGUCUGUUUACCGCACACAAAAACGACAAGUUACAGAAAUGAUGACCGCCGUACACAAAAACUAUUCAAGUUAUAACAUGACGCCCCUGUCGUUGGGCGGGUGGAAAAUCGAUUAAUAUCAACAAAUGGUAAAUAUAAACUUUGUCCUUUAUUGAUUUCGAUUCCCGGGAUGUCGGGACCAACUGUGGGGGGGGGUAGAUCAAAGCGAAUCGUCCUCUGUCGGACUACGGGUGUGUACACACCUGCCACAUAACGAUACGUAAGCAUCCACCCGCUUAAUCGGGGUUUCACAUUUCGUCAAUGACGAAUCGUCAUGAUGCUCUGUGCGAGUUUUUUUGGUGUUCCAAACGCGUCGGUAAGGGUGGAUAUGCUCUCAGAUUAAUAUUUUAAUUUAUUAUAUUAAUUAUAUGUUAAUAUUUUAAUUGGUUACAUUAAUAUAAUAUUUAUCAGCGUAUACUCGUCGUCUUUCCGAGCCACAGAUAUGUAGAAUAAAUAUUUAUUCUAUGUACUUAUCUGUGUUCCAAGAUUAGUGAUGUAUCAUUAUCACUAAAGCUAUUGUUUAUACUAUUAUCAACGUUAUGUCCACAGAUAUGUUUAGUCAUGGAACAUUGUCUAUGGUAAAAUCACACGAUGAUUGCAAAAGAGAAGCUGCGUUAGCUAUAAUGAGAAAUAAUGUUUUGUUAAUACAACGCCUGCCAUCACGGUAAUAACAUGUUUUACUAUUUUACUGAUAAACGUUAUAAUUACGCUAUAGAAUAACCAGAAAGGACACUUUUUGAGUUUAACAGGGGUUCUUAUGGGGCACAGAUUUGCUACACCUGUUAGAAUAUCACUAUAUCAGUGUGGCCUGUGGAAAGAUAUUUCCCAUUAUUCUAUUUUUUUAGCAAGACUGAUUUUCCAAAUAUUGAAAGAACGCGGUAGUCAUUGUUUACAAAAAUGUAUACUGUCAAACUGUCCGAGGCCCUAUAAAAUUGGAAAAUCAGUGUUACCAGACAAAAAGAAUUUUAGAUUUUUGUUAUUUUAUAGAUACAUUGAUAAUCCAACAAAUUGUACAGUAUUUUUGAGCCCUUGUCCCUUCCGGUUAUUCUGUGAUUACGCGUUCGGGGAACUCACGCACAUUAAUAAUCAGUCGUGACGCCUCUUAAAAACGGUCCAUGUUCAACAGCCGUAAGGCUAUACGAUUGUUAAAAAUAAAAACAAUAAACCUACUACAAGUGCUUUUUACCAAUAAUCGGGUUACAGUGUAUGAUAAACCUUUUUAUUUUCGUGCCGGAUUUUGUAUUAGGCGCUUGGAACAAGUGUUCAACCACCUGUAAGGUGGGGGUGUACGAGACAGUAUCGAUUCCGCAAGGUAGAUAUACAAGGUCGUCAGAACAUGUGGAUCGUUUCGUGUAUUCGCAACGAUUGUUGACGUCCCGAGUCGUAGUGGCUGUUGCCUGCUAUAAUCCUUAUCUUUAGUGGUUAUAUGGCACUGACACAAAUAUUAAAUAAUAUUUUAUUUGUUUAUUUUUGUUGUUUUACGUGUAUAGUUCGUUGUGAAGCUCGUGUAAUAAACUGAAAUAAUAAAUUGGUGGUUUCGCCGGCGGUCGUCGUUUCAUUUGCGUUUCUUUUGCCGUAACGAACAUGGCUAACUCAAUCGAAAUACCGAUAAAGGACAUGGACAAGAUUAUUGAAAUACAAACAAGCCAGCUGCCAGAUCCUAACGAGCUCCAUAAUAUUUUAAAAAAUGAACAUUCAGAAUUACAUAUAUGGGUCAAUUUAGCACUGGAAUAUUAUAAAAAAGGCAAUUCAGUUGCUUUUGUUAAGUUAUUGGAAUCGUCACGGAGUAAUUCAUGUUUGAAAUAUAAAGACAGCGAUAAAGACCAAAUGAGAGCUUUAGAUAUGUUAGCAGCCUAUUAUGUACAAACAGCCAACCGAGAAAAAAAUAAAGAAAAACGUAUCAAACUCUUUGCUCGGGCAACUGAAUUAUAUACAACAGGAGAUAAAAUAUUAAUGGAUGAUGUGAAUCAUUUAUUGGGUCGUGCUUUUUUCUGUUUACUGGAUGAUAAUAAAAUUGACCAGGCCAAUGCACAAUUCAAUUUUAUAUUGAGCCAAUCAUUGAAUAAUAUACCAGCUCAACUAGGCAAAGCGUGUAUUGCAUUUAAUAGGAAGGAUUACAAAAGGUCCUUAGAGUAUUAUAAAAAUGUAUUGCGCUCUAACCCCAAUUGUCCAGCUGAUGUAAGAUUAGGUUUGGCACAUUGUUUCUUAAAACUAGGAAACAUAGAAAAAGCAUGUUCAUCGUUUGAACGUACUUUGGAAUUAGACCCUAAAUGUAUGGGUGCAUUAGUGGGUCUUGCUAUCAUGAAAUUGAAUAGUGAAUGUUAUAGUGACAUAAAAAUUGGUAUAACUUUGAUGUCUGAAGCUUAUAAAAUUGAUCCAACAAAUCCAUCGGUUUUAAAUCAUUUAUCGAAUCAUUUUUUCUUUAAGAAAAAUUAUAAAAAAUCUCAAAAUCUAGCUAUUCAUGCAUUACAAAACACAGAAUAUGAUGCUAUAAAAGCGGAGAGUUGUUAUUAUAUAGCUAGAUCAUAUCAUGCAGAGAAUAAUUAUGAACGAGCAUUUCAAUACUAUUAUCAAGCCACUCAGUUAGCACCUAUAACAUUUGUACUUCCACAUUAUGGUCUUGGUCAAAUGUAUAUUCAUGGAGGUGAUAUAGAAAAUGCUGCUCAAUGUUUUGAAAAAGUUCUUAAAACUGAACCGGAAAGUAAUGAAUCUAUGAAAAUCCUUGCAUCAUUAUAUGCUGAUUCAAAUAAUCAACAGAAACGAGAUAUUGCAAAAAAUUAUUUAAAAAAGAUUAUCAAAUACAAUCCUGAUGAUUUAGAGGCUUGGAUUGAAUUUGCUAAGAUUUUAGAACCGUCUGAUUUAGAAGAAUCUUUAUCUGCAUAUAAUACAGCUAUAAAUUUACUGCGCAAAAAUCAGAAUAAUACAAUUCCACCUGAAAUACUUAAUAAUGUUGCAGCUUUAAAUUACAGGUUAGGAAAUUUGGAUCAAUCUCUUUCUCAACUAGAAGAAUCUUUAAGUUUGUCAAAAAAAAUGGCUACAACUAACCAGGAACAUUAUACUUCUAUAGUUGUUACAACUAGUUACAAUUUGGCAAGGGUUUUGGAAGCACAAUCUCAAUUUCAGAAAGCUGAAAUAUAUUAUAAAAACAUCUUAAAAGAGCAUCCUAAUUACAUUGAUUGUUAUUUACGUUUGGGAUGUAUGUCUCGAGAUCGUAACCAAAUUUAUGAAGCUUCUGAUUGGUUAAAAGAAGCAUUGCGUUUUGAUAAUGAUAAUCCUAAUGCCUUGUCAUUACUUGGAAACUUACAUUUAUCUAAAAAUGAAUGGGGUCCUGGUCAAAAAAAAUUUGAACAUAUUUUAAAGAACCCAUCAACAUUAAAUGAUUCAUAUGCGUUGAUUGCUUUGGGAAAUGUUUGGUUGCAUACUUUAUACCAACAGAAUAAAAAUAAGGACCAACAAAAGAAACAUCAGGCUUUAGCUAUGCAGUUUUAUACUAAAGUCUUGAGAUAUGAUCCAAAAAAUAUUUGGGCUACUAAUGGAGUUGGUUGUGUUUUGGCUCACCAGAAUUAUAUAAACGAGGCUGGUGAUAUAUUUGCUCAAGUGAGGGAAGUUACUACCAACUUUCCCGACGUCUGGUUGAAUAUUGCACAUUUAUUCAUUGAACAAAAACAAUAUAUUAGUGGCAUUCAAAUGUAUGAACAAUGUAUAAAAACAUUUUAUAAGUAUGAUAAUGUUGAUGUUUUACAAUAUCUUGGACGAGCAUAUUACUUGGCUGAAAAAUUUAAAGAAGCAAAAGUUGUAUUUUCAAAAGCUCGUAGAGUUGCUCCUCAAGAUACUGUUAUAAUUUACAAUCUCGCUUUGACUCUACAAAAACUAGCAGUUCAAGUACUGAAGGACAAACAAUCUAAUUUGAAAAUUGUACUUCAAGCUGUGCGUGAACUUGGAUUAUCACGAACAUAUUUCCAAUAUUUAUCUAUUCAUGGUGAUCAUGUGCAAUAUGACUUAAAAUUGGCUGGUAUUGAAGCUAAUCGUUGUCAAGAUUUAAUGAAUCAAGCUGAUUAUCAUGUGAAACGAGCACGUCAGAAGGACAUCGAAGAACGUGAAAUUCGUCAAAAACGAGAAAAAGAACUGGAAUUACUCAUAGUCAAACAAAAUGAAGACAAAGCAAAUGAAAUGCAAUUCGAAGAAGGAAAAAAGAAUGAAAUUUUAAAAAAACGCCAAGAAUAUUUAGAGAAAACAAAAAAUGCAAUUAUGAUGUUUCAUACAGCUAUAGAAAGCCCUAAACUUAAAAGAAAACCUCGUAUGAAAAAGAGUUCAGCUCACGGUGGAAGUUUUUCUUCUGAAGAGGAAGAAAAUAAAUGUCCUAAAAAAUCAAAAAAAAGUGGGCAAUCUGAUAAUAGUACAAAGAAAAAAAAAGUAAAUAUAAAAUGCAGAAAAGAAAUAUGUGCUUCAACUCGAUCUACUUCUACUAAUGUACCAGUAUUAAAAAAAAAAAGUUUGUCCAACAGCAAUAAAAAAGUAUGCACGUUAUCAAAACAAAAACUUAGAAUUGUUUCCAAAGAAUUCAUAUCAACUAGCGAGGAAAACAGUAGUGAAGAUGAGGAAAUAAAAAAAUAAAUUUUUUAACAGCGAGUACAAAAUCAAUACUUGCUGUCAAUAUGAAAUUUCAUCUCCAUCGAGCAGUGCUAGUUCAAUAUCUAGUGUUUCAAGCUGUUCUUGAAAAUAUAGUACUUGUUCAUUAAGAGUCCUUUACCUUUGCUUAGUUGUGUGAAGUCUGGUAUGUUACAAAAUUCUCAUUCAUCUAUUGGUAACUCCUGUUCAAAAUCUUCUGAUAAAUCUACUACAGGUUUAGAAACCAAAUCUGGUUAUUGUUCUGUUGUGUUAUUAUCAGAUUUUUCAUAGUGUUUAAAUAAAAUAAAAUAUACCAGAAAUAAAAUUUUAAGGCAAAUUAUUUUUCAGUUAAGAAUAUGAUUGAAUGCUUUACAACUUAUCUUUGUUUUAAAUAUUAUUAUUUACUAAAUAAAAAUUGAUGAUGGCAAUAAUUAUUUACAAGUUUGCAUACAAUAUAUUCAAUAUUAAUUAUAAUCAGUGGCGGCGAGUUAGGGUAGACAAUGAAACACAGUGGGGUAUUAACAAAAUUAUAUGUAUGGAAGAGACAUGUCUCAACGUAAUAUUUUAAUAAUUUAAUUGCAUUCCGACAGUGGUUUAGGGCCUUUUACACAUAUGUAUUAUUUUUUAUUUUUAAAUCAAUUUUAUAUAACACUAUUUCUUUAGUUGUCUUAUUGUCUUGUUGUCUUGUUGUCUACCCUAUAAAAUUGUUCGCGCGCUGCCACUGGUUAUAAUUUAUGUUUUAGUAAAUUUUUUUUAUAUUUUAUAAUAGUAUUGAAAAAAUGAAAAUAUUAAAGAAUUUUAACAUUAAAUUAAUUUUAGCAUGUAAAUAAUAAAUUAAUAUCUAAAAUAAGUGUUGUUAGUAAAUGGAAAUUGUUAUUCAUGUUUUUUUUUAUUUUUAUAUCAAUGAAUAUUGUAUUCACAUUGGCAUAAUUGUAAAUCUGUUAAGUUUUUUAUAUUUCAACGAUUGGUUUAUCUGUUGUUGUUACUUUUAAGUUUGAUGAUGUUUAAUUUACUCCAAUAUAGAAUUUAAUGAAAUUAAAUGUG